AUGGCGGCCGCUCAGGCCUUCCGAGCGCGGGAUCUGUUUGUGGCCGGCAAGUGGACGGCUCCUUUCAAGGAUGGCCGCCUGCCAGUCGUCAAUCCCUCCACGGAGGAAACUAUCGGCACAAUCCCCGCGGCGACGGCGGAGGACGUGGACGUGGCGGUGCAGGCGGCAAGGGGCGCGUUCCAGCGUAACGGCGGGGCGGACUGGCCGAAGACGACCGGCAGCUACCGCGCCAAGUUCCUAAAGGCCAUCGCCGCUCAGGUGGUGGAGCGCAAGGACGAGCUGGCGCGCAUGGAGGCCAUGGACUGCGGCAAGCCACUGGACGAGGCCGCCUGGGACAUGGAUGACGUGGCGGGGUGUUUUGAGUACUACGCGGGGCUGGCGGAGCAGCUGGACGCGGAGCAGGGUGCGCCGCUGCAGCUGCCCAUGGAGCAGUUUGCAUGCCGCAUCCGCAAGGAGCCCAUCGGCGUCGUGGGGCUCAUCACACCCUGGAACUACCCGAUGCUGAUGGCGGCGUGGAAGGUGGCCCCAGCACUGGCAGCGGGCUGCACUGUCGUGCUCAAGCCCUCCGAACUCGCCUCACUCACGUGUCUGGAGCUGGGAGCGAUAGCGGAGGCGGUGCAGCUGCCAGCGGGGGUGCUGAACGUGCUCACGGGGCUGGGCGCGGACGCCGGCGCUGCCCUCACCGCACACAAGGGGCUCGAUAAGAUUGCAUUCACAGGCAGCAGUGCAACGGGGAAGCUCGUGCUGCGUGCCGCUGCUGAGAACCUCAUUCCGGUGACCAUGGAGCUGGGCGGCAAGAGCGCACUGCUGGUGUUUGACGACGUGGACAUCGACAAAGCGGUGGAGUGGGCCAUGUUCGGGUGCUUCUGGACCAACGGCCAGAUCUGCAGUGCCACCUCCCGCCUGCUGCUGCAUGAGCGCAUAGCGCCAGCGUUCCUAGCUCGCCUGGUGCAGUGGGCGCAGGCCAUUCGAAUCUCCGACCCGCUUGAACCCGGCUGCCGCCUCGGGCCCCUCGUCAGCGAGGCUCAGUACCACAAGGUGGCAGCGUUCAUAGAGGGCGCCAAGGCGGAGGGCGCUGAGGUGCUGUGCGGGGGGAAGCGGCCUCAGCACCUGGCGCGUGGUUACUACCUGGAGCCCACGGUGCUGCGCGUGACACCGGGCAUGCGCGUAUGGCAGGAGGAGGUGUUUGGCCCUGUGCUCGCCAUGCACACCUUCUCUGAUGAACAGCACGCCAUCGCCCUCGCCAAUGACUCCACCUAUGGGCUGGCGGCAGCAGUGAUAUCAGGCGACCAGGACAGGUGCCGCCGCGUCUCAGAGGCGAUGGAGUGUGGCAUAGUGUGGGUGAACUGCUCGCAGCCGUGCUUCUGCCAGGCGCCGUGGGGCGGCAAGAAGAGGAGCGGCUUCGGCAGGGAGCUGGGCAAGUGGGGACUGGACAACUACCUGUCAGUGAAGCAGGUGACGCAGUACGUAUCCAGCGACCCCUGGAACUGGUACCCUGCGCCCUCCAAGCUCUGA